AUGGCGACCCGGGUCUCAAACCGGCCAUACCACAUAGUGGUCGUCGGGGCUUCUGGCUUCACAGGGCAGUUCGUUGUUGAGAAAGUGUCCCGGGCGGCUGACGAGGAAAACUACAGGGGCCAAGAUCUCCGCUGGGCUGUAGCUGGCCGGAGCCAGAAGAAGCUGGAGGAGGUGCUGAGCUGGGCGGCCGAGAGACUGGGAAAGCCUCAGCUGAAGUCCAUUGACAUUAUAAUCUGCGACAUUAGUGACGUCCCAUCCCUCGAUAACAUGUGUAAGAAGGCCUCAGUUGUUCUCGACUGUGUGGGUCCAUACAGAUUUUAUGGUGAACCUGUGGUAAAGGCCUGUGUUGAGAAUGGAGCGCACUUUGUUGAUAUCAGUGGAGAACCCCAGUUUCUUGAGUCAAUCUACAUGAAGUAUGACAGGCAGGCAGCAGAAAAUGGGGUGUAUGUUGUUGGAAGCAGUGGAUUUGACUCCAUUCCUGCUGAUUUAGGGGUUUUAUUCACCAGGAACAGCAUACAAGGUACUAAUAAUGUAACCCUGACAACCGUAGAGAGUUUUUUGUCUUUCAAGUCUGGAACACAGGGUACUUGUCUUCAUGAAGGCACCUGGCAGUCUGCUGUUCAUGGAGCCGCAGAUCUGAGAAAUGUGAAGAACCUAAGAAAGAAAUUAGCCUUCAAGCCACUUCCUGUUAUUGGUAAAAAGUUAAAAAUAAGGGUCCCUGCUUUGUCUGUGAGCCGGGACCCGACCUGCUCCUGCAGGAGCAGGAUCUUUAAUCCCAGCGCUGAUCAGCACUGGGAUUAA